UCAGAACAAGAUCUGUGUGCAUUUCUCUUAGGCAUGUUUUGAGACCCAGAAGGGGAUGAAAGUAGUUAAUGUGCAACGGGAACCUUAAUUUCCGAGAGAAAUCUGUACCUUUCUAUUGACCUUGCUAUAUGCUGCAAGCUAAAUAUUAAACCAUUUUUUGAUCAGUUUAAGUCCAGCCUGGGGAGAAGAAACGGUUAAAGAAAUGUCUCAAGUAUACUUGCAUUCAGCUAAUCAGACUUUGUGUGCAUCUACAAAUGGUACAGGACUGAAAUCAAUCUUUGAUAAUGAAACCGCAAAUGAAAAAUGGACCGAAGACUCCUUUCCAGGAUUAGAAAUACUGUGCACAAUUUAUGUUACAUACGCUGUCAUCAUUUCAGUGGGUCUCCUUGGAAAUGCUAUACUCAUCAAAGUCUUUUUCAAGAUUAAAUCAAUGCAGACGGUUCCAAACAUCUUCAUCACCAGCCUGGCAUUUGGAGACCUACUGCUUUUACUAACAUGUGUGCCUGUAGAUGCAACACGUUAUAUUGUGGAUACCUGGCUCUUCGGAAGGAUUGGGUGCAAGCUGCUGUCUUUCAUCCAGUUAACCUCAGUUGGAGUAUCAGUGUUUACCCUGACUGUUCUCAGUGCUGACAGGUACAGAGCCAUCGUUAAGCCCUUGGAACUGCAGACUUCGGAUGCGCUCCUGAAGACCUGCUGUAAAGCUGGCUGUGUUUGGAUCAUCUCCAUGAUAUUUGCUAUCCCAGAGGCUGUUUUUUCAGAUUUGUAUUCUUUCAGCAAUCCUGAGAAAAAUGUAACUUUUGAGGCAUGUGCCCCCUAUCCUGUAUCUGAGAAGAUCCUGCAGGAAGCUCACUCCCUGGUUUGCUUCUUAGUGUUCUAUAUUGUACCCUUAGCUGUCAUUUCUGUCUACUAUUUUCUUAUUGCCAGAACUUUAUAUAAAAGUACAUCCAACAUGCCAGCAGAAGAACAUGGUCAUGCCCGUAAGCAGAUUGAAUCCCGCAAGAGAGUUGCAAAAACAGUGCUGGUGCUUGUUGCUUUGUUUGCCUUUUGCUGGCUGCCUAACCACAUCCUCUACCUAUACCGCUCUUUUACAUACCAUGCUUCUGUAGAUGCUUCCACCUUUCAUCUGAUUGCUACUAUUUUUUCCCGUGCCUUGGCCUUCAGCAAUUCCUGCGUCAAUCCUUUUGCUCUUUAUUGGCUGAGUAAAAGCUUCCGGCAACAUUUUAAAAAGCAAAUCUCGUGCUGCAAGGCAAAAUUGCGUACAAAGCCUCCCAGUGCCACCCACAGUAAUACGCCCACCAGAGCCCUGUCAGUCACAGGCAGCACACAUGGCUCAGAAAUCAGUGUUACACUGCUAACAGAUUAUAGUAUCACAAAAGAAGAGGAAAGUGUUUAGUCUGUCUGGGAUGAAGAAGGACAGAAAUUGAGCCUUUGCAAUCAAGUCAUUACUGCUGGGAUCCUGGAAAGAGGUGCCAUGCCUUGCCUGUCUGUGAAAGAGUUUUCAUCAGGAGUUCCUCAAUUUUUUAAAUACACAGUAAAGAAACCAAACUGUGUGGGAGAAGCUGCAACAGCUGAACUUUCCAGAGUAAGCUCGAAGGGAUUGUUCAUGUUCCCAAGCACGAACACGGUUCCCUAGCUGGCAUUCCUGGACUGGGCACGGCAGGAGUCAGCAGAGCUGGUGUGAGAAUUGGCUGUGGGGAUGGUUUUGUUCUUGGUGACUUGUUCUUUGACUUGUAACUCAGAGCACCCUCUGUGAAGCACUUGCCUCUACAGCAAGCAAGCAAAACCAUGUAUCCUCAUAACACAAUCAACCAGGCAGAUUUUUAAUUUAUUUAUUUUCUUAUGCUGAAUGUUAAAAAUUGGUAAACGCAUCAGAAAGCAUGCUAAAAUGAAAGAAAACUAAGGUUUUGUAGGUAAAAGAAAAUGAAGGAAAGGUAAGGUUUGUAGUCUGGUGUAAUAAAAAAAAGAAAAGCAAUAUGGGCCAGAUCCACACUAGCCUUUGCUCUGUCAGUGACUUACUUUGAAACUCCGGGUAAGAGCUGACUGCUGUGUAGAGAGAUGUCCUUCCCAGUUCCUAAGGAAGUCAAGGGAAGCAGCAGCUUGGUCAUCUCUCUUAAAAAGCUAUAAUCAUCUUUAACCACACUUGUAAAAGUCUUUGUGAUCUAUGGGUGAAACAUCUCAACAGUGCAAAGUUCUUUAUUGUUAUAGUAAUUUAACAUCAUGAAAUUGGAGUGGAUCUGUAUUAGAGUUCUAGUUUGGCUCAUCAGUGCACUUUUGAAGCGAACCGCUCAAAUGUCCCCUCCUGCCUUACUUUGCUCUGUCUCCCAGAGUGGUCUUGCGUGCACAACCUGGAUUACUCUCAGAUGAAGCUGUGCAUCCAGUCCACGGAACCAGACUAGAGCGAGUUUGAAAUAAAGUCCCCAAAAGCAUAAUCAUUUACCUCCACAGAUCCACUCCUGCUGUAGUGUAAGUGGUCAUAUCUAAGUGGUCUGCACAUUUUCAAGCAUGCUGGGAGAGCUGGAUUUUUCUAUUGCACUAAUUUUCUAUUCUUCAAAUUAUUCAAGUAUUAUCCUUUUUUAAUAUUAGGAUAGACUGUCUUUAUGAGAUAGGCCUUCUAAUCUCAAAUCCACUGAUUUUACGCCUCUGCGUGCAGAGACAAGUCAGUGGCAGCCUAUCAUGGGCAGCCUGUGCAUCCCUAAAAAGCUCAGCAGCACUGCUGGCAGAGACUGUCUUCCCACCAGGAAAUACAGGAGGCAAGUCUUCCUACCCCACAUUACAAAAAUGUUGAAUGACACUUAUUUUUAUGAAUUUUGUGUACCCUGAACGAAAAUUUUGUUCUGUGGGAGUUGGUGAUAGAAAACCCAAUAAAUUUUCCAUGGCUUAAGCUAAGGGACUUCUAUCUCAAGAAAGAAUUUGUGCAUUAAAGUAUAGAGGAGAGGUUGCAACACACAAAUUACACAAAAUAGUGCUGUCGGUCACAGAAGGUUCAAUUUUAACUAACCCUUGAAGAUAUAACACCCCUCCAGCUGCACAGAACAACACAUGGUUGGAAAUCCAUCUAUCCAUGCACCAUUAUUUGAGUUAAUUCUAAGAUAAGAAGAUCUAUUUGCAGUCUCUUUCUGUUGACUGCCCUAAUCAGAAUAAUAAAACCAAACUAUAAAUCCCAAGGGCAUUGGAAUACAACCUCUGUCAGUUUAAUGACAGCCCGUUUUAAUGCCUUUAGGCCCAGCCUUAUUUUACUCCACUCUUCAUGUUACAAGCUGCAAGGCUAUAAGGUCUAACUUUCAAAUGGAUUCUCCCUUUCAUUGUACCAAUGGUACACCAGGACAGCACCACUGAAAUAAACGGAAAUAUAACAGCACAGAAAUACAAUCUAUGGCAAAGCAGACUCCAGAGACCUUAUUUUACUCUCUUAAUAUAACACAUUCUCUGGUAGCGAGCUAUGUACAAAUAUAAAAAACAUAUUGCACUAUUUUCCCCUUCUCUUUUUUUUCUUAACGGAGCUGCAGGGUGAGACUGAAAAAAUUAAAUAAGCCUACACUCUUAUGAGCUUGCUUUUAUCUUCCUGCAUCUUAAUAUAGGGAACUCUAAACAACAGAAAAAUCAAUGAACAUUACAGCUCCUUAUAUCAUUCUUUAUUCUAGCUUAUCAAAGCCUUUGGAAAACAAAUCUGCCACGUGUUUCUGGACUUCACAAUUUGUCUCUGUUGGAGACCAAAUCUCUCACUGCAAAAUCCUUGGCUACACCUCACAGUAGCCCUUAAAAACCAGUUUCCUAAUUCACCAUUUUCCUUGCUUUGCAUGCAGCUACUUUUUGCUUGUGUAACUACUCCUCUAACUGGAUGGUCUAUCUAUUGUUAAUAUAUCCUAUUACAAAAUUGAUGUUUUUGCUAUAUGCUGCACAUGCUUUGGUUAAAGGCUGGCAAUAUUUCAAGCCAUAAUUUAACUAUUCUGUGUACUUUAUGCUUUUAUAAUUCUGUACUUUCAAAUCUUCAUGAUGUAUUGGAGUGAUAUAUUGGUCAACAGUCAUUUUUAUCUAAACAAUCUGAUAUUAUUCUUUCCAUCUAUACCCCCAAUAUAAUUAUCCAUAAAAUGUCUCCACAUUACCAUAACUGGAUUUAGGGGAAAAGGGUUGUUUCCUUUUCAAUCUUUUCUCAGUGUUCCAAAAACCAGUUCUUUCACCCCUAGGUAAUACAAGUGUAUUUCUAUUAAGAGCAUAUGGGUAUAAUGUCUAUUUACAGAAAUACUGAGUGUUAUUUAGCAAAGAACAGGCAUGAAUAAUUAGGGUUUUACUACUUAUAUCCACAAAUGAAGGAACAGGUAGAAAAAGGGCACAAAAUACUGAAAGGCAAGACUCCAUCAAAGGUUUUGUUGUUUGUUUUGAGUAAGUAAACAUGGCUUCUAGAAUGUAUCUUUUUAUAGUUUGUUUGUGAAUGAGAUGUACACAUUAACAGCUUUAAUACAUAUAAAUAUGACAAUUAAUGUUUGUGUCAGCAACAGGUUUAGUAUCAGUACUCUAAUCUGUGCUGUCACUAUGACAUCUGGUUUAGUUUAAAAAAAUCCAUAAAAAUGAACAAAACCAUGUCAAAGCACGGAUAUAGUGUAACAGGCUGCAUCUCCAGCAAAUGGUAUGGAAUAUUAAAGUCAGUUAUGAAA